AUGGAUAACAGCUUGAUACCGGGAGCUCCCGAUGAGCAAAUAUCUCUUUUGGCACAAAUGUCAGUUACGAGGUUUUGCAAACAUCGACAAGACAAUCGAGCAAUCAAUGCCACGCUGCUGCCGUAUCAGCAAUUGAAAUGCUAUAAGCUUUUACUUCACGGCAUUUAUCAGUGCCAGUUGCAUCAUCACAUAGUAUUCAGAGACUACGCCCAAGCUGCUCUCAGCAAUGUAAAUUUAUUCAUUGAACCUCCAGCAGUACGACGUGGACAAUCGGUCAUUUUACGUUGUCACUAUGCGCUCGAGGGAGCUCCGCUUUAUUCAAUAAAAUACUAUCGUGGCAAUUACGAAUUCUACCGUUAUACACCGGGUGAAUUUCCGAAUGUGAAAUACUUCCAAUACCCAGGCAUUAAAGUCGAUGAACUUAUCUCCAAUGCUACACAAGUUGUCUUACGCGACGUGAGUUUCAGUUUAUCCGGCAACUUUUCUUGCGAAGUCACCGCUGAUGCACCGCUCUUCUCCACCUCCACGGCCUAUGCGCAAGUGCAAGUUGUUGAAUUUCCUGAGAAACGUCCCCAACUCUUUACCGAACAUGCGCGCUAUGAGCCGGGUGAUAUUUUACGCGCCAACUGUAGUACACCGCCGUCGCGACCGCGCGCCGAUUUGCAUUUCACACUCAACAAUAUACCG